AUGUCGACCCUCCCGAGAACGAUUAGCAACCUGCGCAAGGAAUACUUCCGCCAGCUUCUGUACAUUGGUGACACCAAGCACGGACGCUUUGUCGGCGAGGACAAGGCCGGUAACAAGUUCUACGAGAACAACGACGAACUCCCCCUGCGUACACGAUGGGUGGACUUUAAGAAGCACGAUUACGACUCGGCGCAGGUUGAGCCCGGCUGGCACGCGUGGCAAGGCUUCAUGGUCGACAAGCCCCCCACGGAGGACCCCCUCCUCCAGACCAAGACCCGCAAGUGGGAGCGCCCGGAGCCGAUUCCCAACCUGACUGCCACUAGAGGAGCAUUCAAGACGUUUAACACAACGAAGCCAAAGAUUGCGAGCUGGGAGCCCAAGGCUGUUGAGAGGCAAUGA